CGUCGCUCACGACCAGACUUGCUCGUCCCAGAGACAAGAUCACAGCUAACUGAAGCCUCCCAACUCGUCUAACCUGCUCUGCUUCAACACACAGGGUCAACCUAUCGCCCCUUUUGCGCCACUAUUUCCCAGCUCUCUGGGUCGACAUGUCAAUCCCGCCGCACGACGUCGUCCAGAGGGUCACGAACAGGAAGGCCCAGUACGCCCGGUUCGCCGACACCAAGCAGUGGGACAAGUUCGCCGGGCUCGGCCUCCCGGACGCCAGGUACAGCUACCAGGACAGCUCGGGCGACGUGGUGGCGCUGCAGGGCAGGCGCGCGGCCUUCGACAACCCCGGGUCGUGCGCGGCCUUCUUCGGCGCCUUCUUCCGCAAGCAGCAGUCGCUCCACAACAUCAGCCUGGCCGAGAUGACGCAGACGGGGCCCGACGAGGUCGAGGUCAUCUGGGCGUUCGAGGACCAGCUGAUACGCAACUACACCUUCUGGACGUGCCGGAUGCGCGGGGGAGGCCACUACUACGAGGUUUGGCGCAAGAAGGGGGACGAGUGGUUCAUUGCGGACUUGAGGAUGCAGAGGACGUACCAGAUGGCGACGCUUGGCCACGGCGGUACCGUCUCGCGCGCCGAGGUCUUUGGCAUAUUCCUCACCCUCUCACUGUGCCUGUUGAGCCAGCCCACCGGCAGUCUGGUCUACCGCCCGCGCAGCAUCCUUCCCUGGCGCCUGAACCCGCUCGCCAGCCUCGCCGAGGCGGUCCUCGUUCUCAGCUGCUUCGCCGCCAUCAUCGUUCCUCUUCUUUUCGGGCUCGCCAUCGACUGCACCUUUGACCUCGACAGCUCCUGGGUCACGUCGCGGGCCGAGAUUGGAGAUCUGUCCACCUUCGGCGGGAGGUGGCGCCGCCGCGCGAAGCUGGCGAGGGCGGCGCGGCUGCGCUUGCGGGUCGAGACGCAUGCGCUGGCGGCCGCGCUCUUGCUUAUCCGAGGAGACAAGGGCCAAAGGUCACAGAAGACCGCCAGUGGUGUCAUGAAUCUUGUCGCAGAGCUGGCAGCCAGCGGGCUUUUCCCAGAAGAGAACCAAGGCGUGGAUACCAACGAGGAAACGGCCGGCUUGAUGGCAGCUGGUGCCAGGGGCGGCGAGACGUCGCGACAGGACGAGAAUGGAGCGCCCGCGGUCGCGGAAGAUGAGAGCCGCCAGACACGAAGUGCUAGAGCAGACCCGAACCGACGACAAGAACAAACCACGGUCAGCACAGCUACGCCCCCGCCCGACACAAGGCCAAGUCAAUUGGCCGAGGGCAGCUCCAACUCGGACCGGGCAGCCUUGCUACGGCGCGUAUACGGGUCCAAUGUCCUCGCCCACCGCGAGCUCCCCGUCCAGAUGGUCACCCUGCUCUCCGUCACCAGCGUCGCCGUCAAGCUCUGCGUCAGCUCCCUACCGGGGCCCCUCGUCGCCAGCGGGGCAUUCAUGCUCCUGAGUUGGAUGACCAUCCAACUGCUGCUGCUCGUGUUCCACUCGCGGAAUAUCCGGGACACGGGGCUGCAGGCUUUGUCGACGGCGGUGCAGGAGUUCUCGCCGGUUUUCGACCAGAGCCCGUCCGAUGAGACGCAAUACGACAUACGGCGGCGCAAGGCGCAGCUAGACUCCGAGGUCAUGGUGGAGUGGCUCUUUGACUCGGCUGUGCUGUUGCGGCGGCCGUUUGAGUCGCCUCGACGGAGAGGGGAAACGUCCCCUCGGCACUUGGGAGUAAUCUGA